UCACGAGAGUCAGAGUGGCAGCUGACACACGGAGAGCGAGGCAGAUGGAGAAAGUGAAGGAAUCCUGAGGAGAAGACGAGGUGAGAUACAUCACGCCAAGAGAGGAGUGUACAGCUGUGAUAGACGGAGAGAAAGAGAAAGAAGAGAGAGAGAGAGGAGUGAAUGGUAGAGAGCGGGAGACACAGCGCGCGGGAGGGAGAAAGAUGGCCUCGGUCACGGCGGAGAAUGGCUUCAGCACCGGCAGAAUCAACGGACUCAACAGCGCGAUUCCCAUGAAAGAUCACGACGCUAUCAAGCUCUUCAUCGGCCAGAUCCCGCGAAACCUGGAGGAGAAGGACCUCAAGCCGCUGUUCGAGGAGUUCGGCAAGAUCUACGAGCUCACGGUGCUCAAGGACCGGUUCACCGGGAUGCAUAAAGGAUGUGCCUUUCUAACGUACUGUGCCAGAGAGUCAGCGCUGAAGGCCCAGAGCGCUCUCCAUGAACAAAAGACUCUACCCGGGACAUUCUCCCUCAGUUUCUCAGUUGUCCAUUUCUACGACUGUCACACAAGAGCUGCAUUAGUCGGCCGCUUCGAGGCGUCUCCUCUCGGAUGUUCCCGCUCGAUGAGGCCGUUUCCCUGAAUGGCGCUCGAUCAUGUUUCUGGCCUGUCUGUGGGAGAAUGAGACAUUAAGAUUUAUUCUCGCUGCUCUUUGUUUGGUCCUCAUCCGUAACCAUAAUGCACCUGGCACGCUCCGGGAAGCUCGGGGACGAAGCGUCUGGCGGCGGGAGAACGCGUUACGCGACACACACUGAUUAUUCGUCACGGUGUGCGCAUUGAGACAGGAGACGCUCGCUAACGUGUGUGUGUUAGUUUGGGGUCGAGGUGUUUCUAUCAGCGUAGAUUAUAAUCAUCCGCUCACGGUGAGGAGAAGACGAUCUCUCAGUAAUAAUAAAAUCAUCAAACACUUUCAGAAGUGUUCAACUCAGCUAGUGUUAUUUCG